GGAAGGAUCGUUGCGUGGUUGUUGAAGAGGGAUGCCGAGGUGGUAGACAAGGCGCCGAGGAUUUACGGGGGGGCGUUUCGCCCACUCGUUCUUUCUGCGGGUGGGCUCAUGAGUGAGGAGACGGCGGUGGAAUGGAGGAGUUGGCGGAAGUGUCUUGAGCAGGAGGUGUGGCAGGGGCUGCAGAGUAGGGUGGGGAUCGAGUUAGUGAAGGCGAGGGCGAGGACGCUGUGGAUGUGA